GCAAGGACCUCGCGCGGUUCCGGUCCUGUUCCCACGUUGGCAGGUCCGGGCUGGUGAGCGAGUGCGGUUUUGUCUCCUUCUUGCCCAGAACGACGAGUUAUGGGGGCACUCAGUGCUCGGCGCAGCUUGGAGUGGCUGCUGGGCUUCUACUUCCUCUCCCACAUCCCCAUCACCUUGCUCCUCGACUUGCAGAUGGUGCUGUCGCCUGAGUACUACCCGGCCGAGUUGAAAAACCUGUUACAGUGGUAUGCUAAGGAGUUCAAAGACCCUUUCCUCUUGAGCCCCCAAUUGUGGUUCAAGGCCUUCGUGUUUUGUGAGCUCGUGUUUCAGCUACCUUUCUUUCCCAUUGCGACAUACGCCUUCUUCAAAGGAGGCCGCAAGUGGAUCCGUACUCCUGCAAUCAUCUACUCAGUUCACACCAUGACAACUCUAGUGCCAAUUCUCUUCACAUUACUAUUUGAAGAUUUUUCUAAAGCCAGCGGUUUCAAAGGACAAGGACCAAAGACUGUGAUUGAAAGAGUAACUCUUGCAUUUGUUUAUGCCCCUUACUUUGUCAUACCUCUCAUACUUCUGCUUUUCAUGUUGUGGAGCCCCCACUACAAGCAUGAGGAGAAAAGAAAGAAAAAAUGAAAAACAAAAGCAAAAAACCAAACAAACACUGGCCUAGGGGAGAGAUGUCUACACAGCAGUUUCCUGUUGAUCCAGUACAAGGAAAUCUGCUCCAAACCCAUGUCUUCAAUAACAUUUGAAACAUUAAUGCAACAAUACACCAAGAGCAAGAGACCAUUAGGAGCCAAGCCAGAUCCUCACCUUCCUGGGCACUGGCACAAACAGAUGGGUCACCUGAGGAUGGGCAGGGCUGUGGGCUAAAAGGUAUAGGGAGGUAGUGCCAAAUACCUCAUUGUGUAUCCAAGCUCCACUACAGGAAUGCCAAGAGCAGGCACAGUACAGAACCUGACAAACUUCUAAGACAGACAGUCUACUUGUAAUAUUCAUGAAUUAUCUGACCCAUAUUAAUACAUGUGACUAAAGUACAUCAACAGUCAGCAAAAUGAACAGUUGGAGAAUGCUUCCAUUUUAAACUUUGACAUGCCUCUUCAUAUUCACCAACAUCAUUAAUAUUUUUUGACACCCCCCGCCCCAUACCGGUGAAGGGAAAGAAUUCUGUUGAGAGGUUUAAUCUCCCUUAAGCCUCAGCCCUGGUGGAAAUGGGUUAAACUGGAAGGUAUUUUGUUUCUGUCUUAACACAGGUUCCCAGAAUAAGAUGUUAAGUUUCCUUGUUUAUCCUUUUCCCAAACCUAGUUUUCUCUAUUUUCACAGACCACUUCAUUUAAAGCCCGUUAGACUGAAGUCUGGUAUCUUAAAACCCCGUGCUUCCUUCUGGAUAACUUUGUUCUUCCUAGUACAGGUUAACUACUCCUAUCUUGUUCAUAGCCCCAAGGGGGUGGGGGUGGGGGUGGGGUCUGGGCAUUUUAUGUUCAGUGUGUGCAUAUAAGGUCUCUCAACAUUAGUAUAUGGCAUUCUGUUUAGUUCUCUCUGAAUUCAAAAUUUAAGGGCUAUUCUCAAAAACAAGUUGUUUUGUGAACACACAUGGAAAAUUAUAGAUACUAGCCAUAGUUCAUUCUUUUUGCCUGUUAUGUUGACAAGCCAUAUUGGUCUGGUUAUUGGAAGUAUUGUCUAAGUCUUGUGACUGGUUCAAAUAAAGGUUGCUGCUGAUCA